AUGUCUUCCCAGCAAGAACCGAAACCCUGCUCAACAACCACCUGCCCAAAAAAGCCCAGCAGCAAGAGUCAGGAUUCGACCAACCCUGUACCACAAUCAUGGGAGCCUGGUAUUCUAAAGCGACUUCCAUUACUGGGAAUUUCAGCUCUCCUGGGCGUGUUAGCUUGUCUCAUAUUUAAUAUUACGAUUCUUUUAACAUCCAAUGGAAAACCCCAGAACAGCUGGAAAAUCCAGCCAUCUGUUCUUCUUGCCAUAUCAUCUGCUAUCAGCACCGGACUACUACGCUUUGCUCUUGCCGAAGGUGCAGCUAUCACCUGGUGGAACAAGGCUAUUAACGGAUGUACGGUAUACGACCUCCAUCGAAAUUGGAGCUUUGCCAACAGCAUCUAUGAUGUGAUUAAGCAGAUCAGAUUCUUCAACAUUCUGGGACUUGCCAGUAUUGCAUCUGUCGUUGUUGCCAUUGACAGUCCAUUAUUUCAAAGAGCAACGACUGUCACCGUGCGACCGGCUCAAGUCAACAUACCUUUGUCUGUUGGGAUUGCGCAGCAGCUCCCAUUCGGCUACACGGGUGCUAUGCAAAGACACAUUAGUGGUGAUGUGACGCGGAUGACUCCAUCAUUCCAAAAGGUAGUCUUGUCUCAUAAUUCCGCGGAGCCGAUGUACCUCAAUGACACCGGUUGCGCGAAUGGGAACUGCUCGACGACCAUUCGGGCAGCUGGGCUCGCUGUUGACUGCGCUCUCGAGACCCUGCCCCAGGACUUCGGAAGUCUGAUAUAUGGGGCGGAAAAUGGAACGGGAAAACUAGUUCCUUCAAAUUAUAAGGGAACUGUGGUAGGGAUGGGGGAUGCUCAGAGGGUCAUGUUCUCGACGAAUUUCACGUUUGAUCCCUUGAGUCGACCAUCCAGUUUCAACUUCACUGCAACAUAUAAAGACCAGAAAGACUGCAAUAGUCGACUGCAAGUGAAUCGGUGCACAUUUCAACUGGCUACGCUUUUUUAUCCGAUCAAAAUUGUAGAUGGCGUUAUUCAGUUCUCUUCCUCGUUGGAAGAUCUGGGCAGAUCCCCCGAAACCAUCGCAGAGAUCUACGAUACGAACGAACAGGAAGAUAUAAGUACAAACAGUACCAUUGGUGGUGUAUACUUAGCCGCAAAUGACCUUCUCCAGUCUAAGGGCGUCGGAAUGCAGAUAAAUCAUGCCUGGACGCUGGAAACCUCCGGUAUGCUCGCACAAGAUCACCUCACAUGGGCAGAUGAGCUUGUCAGCUGUCAAGAUACAUGGAAAGACCCUACCUCUCAAGUGGUCGCUGAACUUCAGAAGCUUGUGUUCCGCACUGCGCUCUCCGUGCCGAAUAACUCUAGCCGACCUCUACCUCUGCUUCAACACGGUGAAAAAGUGAUCCAGCAAAAUCAGACAGUCGAUGUCUUGAAACUGCAGGAUGUAUCGGUAUUUCAGGUCCAUUAUGGCUACCUGGUUGCGGCGGCGGCUGUUAUGGGUGUAUGUCUAGCUGUAGUGGCAUCCACGUUCUAUGAAUGGUGGAAGAUUGGCCGGACAAUUACCAUGAGUCCAGUUGACAUAGCAAUGGCCUUCAAUGCCCCUGUUCUGAAAGCAGAUGGGUUAAAUGGUGACUUGGAUAGGUUUCUACCCGUUGUUGGCGAUCGACAUGUACGGUAUGGCGAAGUAAGAUAUCGUGAUGGCAACCUCAUCUUGCCCAAUGAGGAUGUUGAUCCACAUGAGAGUGUCCAAACCAGGCUGGAACUGUCGUAUCUGCAUUGGACAAGCGCUCCUCAGCAGGAUGGCCGCUACAUUUAG